AGUCAGCUUGAAAACGGCGAGCAGUGAAACGCUAAUUUAGUUUACCCGGCGCCGAGUAGCGCGCGUGCCACCGUAUCACGCGUCCGUGAGGACGAAAUCCGAUUAAUUUGUAUCGUGAAUUCGUCCCGUAAGUCGGUGGUGAACGGCGCCGUUUAGUCUCUCACAACGUGGGAUCCUCCCGGCUCUUGAUUCCGCAGGACGGAUCAGCUUGUAUAUUUUUUUUUGGUAUCAACAAAAUUUUUAUUAAUUAUUUACUUGUCAAUGAAAAGUGCGCAAAGUUCCUGUAGAAAGUGACCAGUGCACUGAUAUGCAAAGUUUCCGACUUGUUGCAUGAACUCUGCGGCCAUCGACACCAUCAUUCUACAUUGAGGAGCAAACACGUGUUCAAAUGGAUUCAAGUAGUAUGUAGAAAAACUAAAAACACUAGUGGUGUGAGCAGAAAUCAGUUUUAAUCGUUCCUCUUCGGCAGCGGGACGUGUUUUAAUUGGUUGAGGAAAUUCCCGAUUACGAAGAAAACUCCCGCAAAUUCUAAGAAAUUGGUCUCGCCAGUUCUUCCCUUGAUUUGGACGUUGUCGGAAUAAGAAAUUUAUCCGCGGUGUUGUUCCUUGCUGUACAUACAAACAUUCGAAGAAAACAGUGUGUUUUUCUUCCAAACUUUCAAGGAAAUUUCGGUGUAAAACGCCUGGCUGAAUAAGAUGAGGCCAGACGAUUUGCUUUCAACCGAACGAAGAAUGGCGGAGACAAUGUCCGAAACGUCGGAGGGAACGGCAACAACAAGUGCUUCCGGAAAAUCGAAUUUCGAGACGGAGAUGCAAAAUUUUGCAACACUUUUGGGUAUUGCAAAUCCCGAGGAUGUUCAUCAAGAUCGAUUCCGCGUUGAUCGCAGAAAAUUGGAACACAUGCUUCUUGGCGACAGUGAUGCACCAGAAUCUGCUGAAUCAUUCUUCCAGAAGGUUAUGGAAGAAACGAAUACCUUCGUCACAUGGCCUUCCCGAUUGAAGAUUGGAGCAAAAUCGAAAAAAGAUCCCCAUAUAAAAGUCGCUGGACGACUUGACGACGUGCAAGUUGCCAAAGAAAAAAUCAUGCAAAUUUUGGACACGAGGCAAAACAAUAGAGUAACAAUGAAAUUGGAUGUGAGUUAUACGGAUCAUUCGCAUAUUAUUGGAAAGGGUGGAUUAACGAUAAAGCGAGUGAUGGAGGAAACAGGUUGCCACAUUCAUUUCCCGGACAGCAACCGCAGUAAUCAUCAGGAGAAGAGCAAUCAAGUCUCCAUAGCAGGAGAAAUGGAAGGCGUCGAGCGGGCUCGAGCUCGAGUUAGGAAUUUGACUCCCUUGAUUUUUUCCUUUGAAUUGCCGAUCAUGGGCGCAUCGCAAGCAGUGCCAGACUCAACGUCGCCUUAUGUGGUGAAGAUUCAGGAACAGUACAAUGUUCAAGUCAUGUUUCGCACACGGCCAAAGUUACAUGCUACUUUAGUGGUUGUGAAGGGAUGUGAAUGGGAGGUUUCUCAAGUGAAGGAGGCCACCGUUCUGCUGAUUCACUACAUGUGCGAGAACUUAGCUAGUCAAAUUCAAGUACAAAUGUCUAUGGAGAUCUCUCCGCAGCAUCACAGCAUUGUGCUAGGAAAGCAAAGUAGUAACUUGAAAAUUAUUAUGCAGCGAACCGCUACACAAAUCAUGUUUCCUGAUGCUGGCGACCCGAAUAUUCCAAGUCUGAAGAAAAGCAACGUUACGAUCACUGGUUCAAUUCAUAAUGUUUACCUAGCUCGCCAACAAUUAGUGGGUUCUUUGCCUCUAGUCCUUAUGUUUGAUCUUCCAGAAGAUUCCGUUUCCUCAGUGGACUCGGAUAAUAUUUCUAACUUGAUGCAAUCAUUAGACGUGUUUAUAAAUGUCCGACACAAGCCAAAACAAAGUGCGCUUUCUGUAAUCAUCAAGGGAAUAGAAAGAAACGCAAGCAAUAUUUACGAGGCAAGAAAGAAACUUCUUGCUCUGGAUGAGCCAAGAGUUCAUGCUGAAAUACCGGCGACUUAUCACACUCCAAAUGCCACUAAUGUUUUUCAAGCAAAUAAUAAUAACAGUACUGGUGGAUUGCACAAUGUGCUCGCUACGGGAUCAGAUAAUUUCUCAAAUAUAUUGACGGUAAAUACACAAAAUCCACCGUAUUGCGUAUCGCCAAUGAUGCAUUCGCCAAGUCCUUUGAGCCUCUCACCACACUGGGGUCUUCCAACAAUUCCUUCAAUGUUCUCACCGCUUCCGGUUCAUCCUAAUCCCUAUGUGGUCUCACACUUGAAUCAUUUAUUAACGACACAACAAAUGAUGGCUAGCAAUUUAAUGUCUCAACAACACGGAAUGUCUGGACAGAAUUUAACGUCAUUGAAUCAGGUUCAUCCCAAUAUACCCAACGUUUUUGCCGGCAUGAAUAACUUAAGUCUGAACGCUAACUCUCUUUCGGAUAACAAAGGAGGUAGUGCUUACUCUUCGUUAAGCAGCGUUUCCAGUUCACUUUCUAGUCCUGCAAUUAGUCCUCGAAACUCAUCACCGGUUAAUCCUGUGGACUCUAACUCUUCUAAUAUAGAUCUGGCAACUUUAUUACAAGAUCUCACUAUGAACGAUCGUCGAGCACCUGGAUGUGAGAAAAAAUCGUUGGAAAUGCAUCAGAAUCUCACGCCUUUUGAUUAUGAGCAAAAAAAAAUGCUUGCAGUCAAGGCCAUGCAAUCGAAACCAAAUCCAACUGACUAUCGUGUUCCAAAUUCUGCCUGGACAGGCUAUGGACUUAGUCAAAGUACUCCUCUGGCACCUGGAGGUGACAUGAACAAAGAUUCAGCUAGUCAUCCAUCAGACUUGUGGAAAGAGCCAACAACUCCUGUUUUCAAUACAGCAAUGGACUUUGGAAUUUCAACAACUAGCGAACGUAGCAAUCAACUCGCAAUGGCUUCUAAUUUCAUGGAUCACACACCUUCGGAACAAAUAAAAAAGAUCACUGGUCAUCAAUAUAGUGACUUGCCAAGCCUUCUGGCUAGUGUGGGUCUUGAAAAAUACAAUCACCUCUUCCAACGUCAAGAAAUUGACAUGGCCACCUUCCCUUCUUUAACGGAAAAGGACCUCAUUGAACUUGGAGUAUCCGCAUGGGGCGCAAGACGUAAAAUCGGCCUCAUGAUAACUGAAAUGAACAAAAGAUCUAGUCCGUUUUCCGGCAGUGCAGCGCCAGGAGCAGAACGAAAAAUUAGUUCUUCCGCAAGUUCGCCGCCAUCGAUCAAGAAUAAUCUCGAUACCAAUUGGUGAUUUUUUUUUUUAAAUCAAAUCUAAUAUAUUUAAUGUGCUUUUCUACAAGCACUGCCAGAUAAUCCCCUCCUCAAAAAAAAAAUUGAAAUUUAAUUCACGAAUUAGUUAUAUGAGGUGCGAAAAAGAAUUAUCUCCAAUGGAGAAAAAAUUGCAUGAUACCUUAAAAAAAAAAAAAAUAGUUUCGCGAAUCGGACGAGUAGAGUUUAUUUUUUUUAAAAAAACGCACAUUUAUUUAUUUUUUUUCUUUCUUUUUUUUUUCUCUCUUUCUCGGUUCCGUAUUCCAAUUUUAGAUUGUAAGGAAAAUGUUUUGAAUUUUUCUCUGUUAAUGUUGUUUCGUUGCCUUGUCGAUCGAUUAGAUAUUUUAGCGUAAAAAGAAAAAAGAAAAGUCGAGUAGACUCGAAAAAUUGUUUAUCGUCUCACGUUGAGAUGUUUAUUUUUUUUUCUCACUGAAAGAUGAAUUCUAUUGAUUUAAAAACUAAAACAAAUAAUGAAAGAAGAAAAUCAAUCAAAUGACGAAACAUCUUGAAGGCGAAAUAAAAAUUCGAGAAUAUUAAUUAACUCUCGUACUUUAAUUAGAUAGUUGUUAUAUCAAUCGACCGAGUUCUGUGUCGUCUUUGUCUGUGAUGAAGGAGGAUGCUAAGGCGUUGAGUGAAAAAAAAUCUCUUGCAAACGCGAAAAAAAAGUAUUUAGAUUGAAAGUUUUGAAAAAGCGUUUGGAGAUUUUAAGCUCUGUACUUGAAUAAUAAAAAAAAAAAGAUGGGCGAGGAGGGUCCCGUUGGCAAAUGCAUUCAGCGAUUUCUCAAAUUUACUAACUGUGCAUAAUUCAGACUAAGCUCGAAAGCGUGGAGACUUUUUUUUUCUUUUUUUUUUUUGCAUUUUAAUAUCCUUUAAAUGACUUUCGUUAAAAAUUUCAAGGACUCGCUGAGAUUUUAACAGUCACUGUUUAAACUUUUUUUUCAACUAGUUAAUUUAAUUAAUUUUUUCUUUUUUUUUAAAUAAUCAAGUUAAAUCUUUGAAGGAAUAAUAACAUAAAUAUAUUAAAACUGACAAUGACAUAUGAGUGACACUUUAAAGAAUAAUUAACUGAAAGAUAAAUUUAAUGAGGAUUAAACUGAGAAUCAGUUUUAGAAAAGAAAUUAACGUUUUCGAGUUUUAAUAAAAUAAGUUAUAUUAUUAUAUAUGUAUAAAAAAAAGUAUUUAUUGCCGGUGAAAACGCUGAAUGCACGCCGACCAAAGGAAAAUGUAGAUUAAAAUGAAGAAAAAAAACAAUUAUUGUCGGCACCGUGAUAUAUAAAUUUUUUCUGGUCGCAAAAUCGAUGAUUUCAGCACAUUUUUAACGAAAGCCCUGAAGCUCGUUGCCAGGUGGAAAAAAAGUGGUUUCAAAAUAUCGAUAUUUGUAAAUGAGUCGUUUAUAGACGACUAAAUCUACAAACUUAAUCAGAGACUAAGUAGUUUCUUUUACGAGUAAUACGAAUCGCGCGAAAAUAAUGCAAAAAUAUAUAUUUCUUUUUUUUUUUUGAGAGCAGAACUUUUCGUGCGUUAUAAAUUAUUUUGGUUUUAAACCUUUUUUUUUCUUUUUUUUUCUGGCACUUGUAUACGCUUAAACUAAUAAUAAUGGCACUGAUCUUAAAAUUUUUCGCUCAUUUUCUAAAUUCGAAAUAUUAUUGAAAGAAAAAUAUUUUUAAAAAAUAUAUAGAAAAUAUUUGUCGAUAAAAUAUUUUUCCACAUUUUUUUUUUUAAUAUUUCGAUUUAAAUGAAAAAAUCGUUUUUGAUUUUUUAUUUUUCCCAAUUUUCAAGAGAAAAAUUAAAAAUCACGUUUUUUUCAUAAGCGUAAAUAAAAUGCGAAUGGUUUGUUAUAUUCUACAAAACUCUUAUUCAAUAAUUUAUUCGUUAUUGAAUUUUGUUUUUAGAAUAUCAGUUUGCAUUUUUUUUUUUAAUUAAAAAUUUUAUGAUCAGUUAAUUGCCUGAGAUUUAUAAGAGAAAAAAAAUCAAGGGAUACAUUAAUAGUAAAAGCUUUCAAGUGCCUAGCAAACGAUUUUAUUGCUAAGAAUUGAUGACUAAACUUAUAAAGUUUUAAGCAUAAAUUAUUUCUUGUUAAAUAUAAAAAUAAGCCGAGUCGCGUGCUAAGUAAUUAAAAAUGUGCCUGUGUAUAAGUCUCUACUGAUGUUAUCUUUGUUGCUAUAGUUCAGUAAUGAUUUGUUAAUUAAGUAGGUCAAGUGUUAAAAAAAAAAUUAAUUCGUUCAUUUAAAAAUUGGACGUAAUACAAAAAAAAAUAAUCUUCUCAGAGAUGUGAAUUUAAAAUUUUGCCGAAAAAGAAAAAUUCGAUUCCAUUACGAUAUCUUCAAUUUUUCAUUAUUUUUAGCAAAAUUUUAAUUCACAAUUCUCCGCAAGAUUUUUUUUUUUUUUUGUGAAAAUAUUUCCAACCUUUUUUUCAUAAAAGUGCAAAGCACUAGAAAUACAAAAAAUAUAUAUAGAUUUUUCUUGUGGAUAAUAAAUUCAAAUUGCAAAAGCGAAUAAAUAAAAAAGCAAGAAUAACUCCUUAAAAAAAAAAAAAUUCUCCUCCAAAAAAUAAAAAUUUUCGAAAUAGUUUUUCUUAUCUGCUUUGUAAUCGAUGCGCAGAGAUUUUUUCCCGAAAUUUUUUUUUUCAUCCCUCCCUUUUUUUUGUGCAUGCGAGAAAAUAAAAAGAUAUCCACUAUCGUAUUCUUUAGACGGUUGCAAAUUAAAUAUCUUAUAAGAUGGGUUUCGAAUUCAAGAAAGUCCUUAAUGUUCCUAUUAUAUCGUAUAAAAAAAGUAAUAAGCGUAUGUUAGUGAUUUAUUUGUUAAAGAAAAAUAAAAAUUUGCAAUGAAAAUGCAAGUGAUAAAUUCGAGCUAGUUAAUAAAGAACUUGGCUGCUAUCGCGAGAUUAAUUAAAUUAAUUUUUGCAACAAUCGGGGCUAUAGGAAAAAAAGUGAUUAAACUCGGUGAAAAAAAACGGGUUUUUUUUUAAAAAAUUCUUUUUUUCUUUAAAUAUUACCCCUAUGACAUUUUUUGCGACUGGCAAAUAACAUGACAUACCUCUCUCUUUAUCAGAAAAAUGCAUCGGCCCCUCGGUGCGCGGCCAUAAAAAAUGAAAAUAAAAUAGUUCCAAGCAUUGCUCAUAAAUGACUGUUAUAUCGAUUCGAUAUCGAUGGAACCACAAAAAAAUGAUGAAAAGUCCAUUUUCGAUCUGGAAUUUUUUUUUUUUUUUUUGUCGUCCAGAAAGAGACUUUUCAUUUAUAUUUAUAAAAGCAAAAUUGCUUGCAUUUCCUAUGGGGGAUUGUUGAGAUAAAGUGGAAAAAAUGACGAGAUAAUAAAUAUUAAAGUCGACGAUUCACGAUAUCGUAAAAAUUGUGUCAAGUUUUUACGAUUUCACCUUUUUUUUUUUUUGUUGUAAAAAAAGUAUUUUGAAUAAAAAAAAAAAUAGAAAGUUGAAUCGAAAAAUCGACAAAAAUUCUUGUUUCAUUUUUAUCGACUCUUAUUCAAUAGAGAGGAAUUGCUCACAGAACGACUCACGUAAUGGAAAUGAAGUUGAAAUACAAAAAAAUAAACUGAUUUAUGUAAUACGAAACGCAAAAAGUAAUAAGGUUUGAUAAAUUAAGAGAGUUUGGAUAAUAAAAAAAUUGCGUUCAAAGGAACGCAACAUAAUCAGACUGACCGGACAGGCUUCUAUUAGAGCUUCCUGAUUAAUUACUUAAUUAUCUUUUGCAUCGUUAGUUUUUAAAAAAGCGAAUCUUAUUUUGCCCAGUCGCGGAAAUAAUCAAUUUAAAAAAAAAUAUUCAGAAAAUCGAUAAAUAAAAAAUUGAAAUUAUAAUAUGAAUAAAAUUCGCUGAUUUAAUUAUAACAAGUAUUCCAUAAAUCUAUUUUCAAUAUUUUUUUUUCUAUUUGCGUUGUCUAGUCUCUGCAUUGAAAAUAGCUAAUGCGAGCGAUUAAGUUCUCCCCCCUAAAAAAAAAAAACAAUUGUACGAAUAAAUAAAUUUUAAGGUAAAGCGCCCCCGAAAGCCAACAUUGUGAAGAAUUGUAUUAUAACCAACAUUCCACGCAAUAACGAUUAUAGGAAUGGAUAUUGUAAAUUUUUAUGAGUCGAGAGAUACACUAAUUUAAAUGUACUUUUGUGUAAUUUUUUUUCCUUUUUUUUGUACUAUUACCGAUUAUAUUAUAAUAUAUAUACGAUACUAAUCAAGGGACGUACCCGCCCAUCUAGGUGCAACUAGUAAUAUAUUAUAUAAUAAAUAAUAGUUAUAUCUAAGCAGCGGUAUACGUUUUAUAAUAGUGCAGCAUGAUAUUUUUAUAUGAUAUAUUAUACACAAUGUAAUAUUUUGAUAAACUGCAGAUCUACUCUGAAUUGAUUUAUUAUUAUUGUUUGUUUGAAAAAUAAAUUUAAAAAAAAUUCAUUAUUGAAAGCCUUGAGCAAAGAUGUAUUGAGAGAAUUAAAAAAAAAAAAUUUUGUAUUGCUACUUUUUAAUAAAAAGUCUUUGCACGCCCUAUUAGAAAA